AUCUCGCGAGUGGUACCACUGCCAAUUAUUCCAAGGAAUGAAGGUGUGCACUGUGACAUGUAUGGAGCCGUGAGAUGGUGGGCGCGGGCGAGAGGACGACCGCUGGGCACCGGUCUGAAUCCAGGUGGAACCAAGCCACCGAGGCAAAGGGUAACACAGCUCCCACGGGAGAGAGAGAGAGAGAAGGCGAGAUGGCUUGGUGGAACAAGAAGGUGGUGUUCCCGGUGAAGCGCGCGCUGGUAGCAGUCGCCGCAAGGGUCAAGGCUCGGAAGCACGGUGAUGGGAUCAGUAAACUCCACGACGACGUCCAAACGUGUGGAUACCAAGAUGUGCAGGUGAUGUGGGAGAUGCUGAGGAGAUCGGAGACGGAGCUUCCCAAGCAGCGGAAGCGGCGGUUCUGGCGGCCGUCAGCCUCAUCGCGACGAACGACAUCGUGUGAUUCGAUGGAGCGGGCAUCAUCAUCACCGCGAUAGUGAAUGUGAAUGUGCAAGGACUGGUGGAACAAGGCUUCAUCAGUAGGAGGCUAGCUGUUUGACACAUGAUGGAUACAUGGACAUAUAGCUAAGCUUGCUUAUCUGAUGUUUUUAUUUUCCUUUUUUUUUUUUUUGUACAUUCAUUAUCAUAUUCAAGAACCUCUUCCCCGGUUGAAGGUGGAGGAAGAAGCGUUCGGAGAACUUUCUCUUUGUCACCGUAUACUAUUAUACUAUGCCUGUGGGAUCUCCACAUAUCAUGAGAUCUAUUCUUGUAUGGAACAAGUUUUUCCAAACGAUUUCGUAUGCUUGUGGGACC